AGGUAGAGCUUGCUCUUGGCUGGAUGUCUUUGUUCCUCCGGGCUGUGGUUACCUGUGCCUUGCGGGACAGAAAGGGGCCCCUCAGCCUCAGGUGCAAAAGUGUCCCCUUCGACUUGAGGCUGAGCAGUGGCAUCGAACAGAGGGCGUGAAGGGGGAGGAAAGAGGGUUCAAGUGGGCAGCCUUCCGGUAGCCAUCCUCGCGUGGAAGAUCGUGGCCAAGUGCGAUGGAAAUCAGAUCACUGAAGUAAGAGGGGAAUGGCCAACCCCAGGAGCCAAGGAAGUUCUGCUGAGUUCUGAAGCUGGAUGCAAUCAGCACGAUGUCAGCCACACACCGGAGCACCUGGAGGACCUCACCGCUUAAAGAUAAUUCUUCUUUCAUCUAAAUUUUGUAGUGAACAUCCUCCAUGACAACAGUCAGCGUCUUCAGGUUAGGCCACCAGAUGUCACAGGUUGGAAACCUCAGUGACCAUCCAGGCCCUGGUGGCCAGAUGCCCAGUGAGUAGCUCCUGCUGGCCAAGAGGCCUUCCUAGAGACCAGAGUGCUCCCUAAGACAUGGCCACACAUGAUGACUUCACUACAGCCAAGUUCCGGGCUCCUGUUGCAAUAUACUGUGGCAGCGUUCCCCGAACCAGUGCCGGCUCCGGGUUCCGAACUUUCCACGGCUCUAAUAGAAACAUCAGCUCCAGCCUGCAGGACUAUGGAAGCCGAUGGACAGCUUCCCCCAAGUCCAUGCGAGAAGUCCAGAAGGAGAAGCAGUCCCAACUGUGGGUUAGAAAUGGGGACCUGACCAGCCUUAAGACCAGUCUUGCCUCAAAGGGUUGGCCAUCCAGGAAUGGUCAUGCAAGGAACAUGGAGGAUAUCUCUCCAAAGCCUCAACCUCUCCUGCCUGCAACCAUCCGGGAGAUGGAGGCCAACAGUGCAGCCUUGGAGACCACCCAAAUCAAAGACAAGUUAAAGAAGAGGAGGCUCUCUGAGGGACUGCCUGCUUCUCCCCGAGCCUUCUUAGAUCCUGGAGGAGGUUCUAAGGGUCCUUCCCUGAAGAGUGCCAUUCCCCGCUCAACCUCUCAGAGACUACCAAUGGCUUCCAGGCCAAUGCCUCCCAUCCAGAGCAUCCCCACCACCCCAGAGACCAAAGGAUCCUUGGACAAUGGCUCAGGCCCACUGGAGAGUAGCAAGGGCCAGCCAGAGGCAACUCCAGCUGCCCAAGAGGUGCAGAUCUCCCUUCAGUACCUGCAUUGCAAGGAUGAGAAGAUGAGACGAUCUUUGGGAGGUUCUCUGAUUCCUUCCAUCAUGAAGGCUGAGCAGCCAACAGAGACCAAGUCAGUAACAUUGCCAGCUCUUGCUAGCAACCCUACUCCCUUGCCUUCAGGUCAAGACAUCUUCACUGUCCAGGAGGUCCCUGGAAAAAGAUUGGCACAGGAGAACAGUCCCCUGGAGAGGACCCCCAAAUCUAUGGAAGCCAGGUCUGUGGUCCCUCCUGUCAGAGCCAGGCCAGCUGGUGGCACAAAGUCGGCUGUCCAUUCCUCACAGACUGCAUCUCCAUUGACAACCCUCUCAUUCAGCCCUGCCAAUAAAGAUGAACAGAAAAGGACUCAGCAAUUGCUGAAAGGAGUGGGCCAGCCAGAAAGCAGCCCCAGGAUCCAAGUGACCAUUGCCAAGUCAGCCCAGGAGAAGAUGCGUCUGAAGCAAAUGAAAGAAAUGGAGUUAUUCCGACAGGGCAGGGAGUGGGAGGAGAGGCAACGAGAGAAAGACUCUCUGUCCCAGAGUCUGAGCUCCAGAAGCAUGAUAAAGGAAGGGCUCAUUCCCCUUCAUAGUGGUGGAUCCCUGUCUGCUUCUGCCAAGUUGGGAAGCCCGUGCAGAACCAGCCUCAGCAUCAUCUUGAAGAAACGAGCUAACCGUUCGUCGCUUCCCAGUAUCCCUGUCACCAGCCGGGGACCUCGAUUUACCCGCCAUGCCUCAGCCAACUCCUUGCCAGCAGUGUUCACAGGGGGUACUCCAGAAUGGGAAGAAGAAGAAAAGGUAGAGAGUGCUGCCAAAGAUCUGAGGCCCCUCUCAAACCCAGAAGUAGUCCUGAUAAAUGCACUACAAUGGAUUGAGAGCAAUGAUUGGCAAAUGAAAGAGAAAGGGCUGGUGACCAUCAGACGCCUGGCGACCUGUCACUCUGAUAUCCUUGCAGAAAGACUGCACGAUGUUUGCUUGGCAGUGAUGAGGGAGGUUAUCAAUCUCCGUUCCAAGGUGUCCCGCUUGGCCAUCAGCACCUUGGGAGACCUCUUUCGUACCAUGAAGAAGAAUAUGGACCCAGAAGCUGAGGAAGUCGCCCGAUGUUUGCUCCAGAAAAUGGGAGAUACCAACGAAUUCAUUCAAAAAGCUGCUGAGUACUCUCUGGGGGCAAUGGUAGAAAAUGUGACUCUUUCCAAAUCCUUGGCAGCUCUCACAACAGGAGGUGUACAUCACAGAAACCCGGUAGUCCGAAAAUGCACUGCUGAGCACCUCUGGAAAGUCUUACAACAAAUCGGGGCUGAAAAACUACUCUCGGGCACAAGAGAGAGUACUGACAGGCUGAUUCGAACCCUGGUAAAACUUGCCCAGGACUCCAAUAAAGAAACAAGGCUUUAUGGGCGGAAGAUGAUAAACAUCUUGAUGUCGAAUUCAAGGUUUGAUACAUUCCUGAAGCAUUCCCUCCCAUCUCAUGACUUACAAGAUGUGAUGACGGCCAUUAAACAAAGGGGAGUUGAAGACAACACAGAGCCUCCACCUGUCAAAGGCCGCAAGUUGUUGAAGACUGUAAUAACCUCUGAGGAAUACUUUACUGAACAAGGGUGCAGCUCAGACUGCGAGCCAGCAGCCAUCCCUCGGUCCCUGGCCCUUGCUCGUAACGCAGAGAUGGUAGAGCAGCUGAAGGAGCUGAACAGCUUGCUGACGUCCAAGGAUGACCAGCCCCGAAUGGACGGCAUCACUCUCCUCCUCGACCACUGCAAGAACAACCUAGAUCUCGUCACCACCCACCUAACCCUGAUCUUUGAUGCAUUCAUCCCAAGGCUCCAGGAUCCUAACAAGAAAGUGAACCAAUAUGCACUAGAAUCCUUUGCGGAAAUGGUCCCUUACCUCAAAGAGAACUUGCGUCCAGUGCUGAUACCUCUGGUCACUGCAAUCUCGGAUAACCUCAACUCCAAGAAUUCCUCCAUUUAUGGAGCUGCCGAGAUAGCUCUGGACGCCAUGAUCAAGAACAUGGACAACGUUUCCUUGCUGCAAACAUUUUCGGGUCGACUUUGUUUCAUGAAUGGCCGAGCAAUGUGUGACCUCACACAGCGUCUGGCAGGGAUCGUGACUUCCAUCUACUCCCAGAAGCCUCAAGCUGUGGAGAGACAUGUCCUCCCAGUUCUCUGGUACUUCCUGAACAACAUGAUCGGGAAUGGGGUCCUGCCGGGGCACCCUGGCAAUGUCCGCCCUGUGGUGUGUCAACUGAUCAAGAGCCUUCAUGAACAAAUGGGAUCUCGUCUGCAAGGGUGUGCUGCUGGACAGCCAAAGCCAGUCAGGAAAAUGCUCCAGGAGUUCAUCGACUCAAACUUUCAGUGAAAUGGAAUUAGGGACAAGGGUUGGGAACUGGUGGGGGGAAAAAAGAACUGCUCCCCCCCCCACUUUUAGACCAUUGAACAGCUCAAGAACUUUCAGCUAGAUAAUACAUGGAUCUGAGAUGGGCAA